CUUCGCUGGACAGCAAAACAAAGACUGCAUAUUAACAGUUCGGGGUAAAUACAUCGCCUUUUUUUCCUUCUUCUUCUUCAUCUCUUUUUUUUUAUUACUGAAAGAUGGGGAAAAGAGACGAAUUGCGGCGGUUGUCUGUGUGGACUAAUUGUUCUGGUGCCAUUAGCCCAAUAUACAUGCCAAGACGAUUCAUGUAGAGGAUGCGCGGAUCUGUGUGUCCCCUCUCUAACGCUUGUGGGUGGGUUAUUAUCAGCAUUGAAAAAAUCUGACAUCAUUUGGAUAAAUGUGAACGGAUCAAGAUAUGUGUUUUUAUCGCGUCUGUUGCUAGCCUCCUGGAAAUUCAUCUUCGACGCGAUGCAACACCCGAUCUGUUUUCUCGGAUGAUAUUCAGACACAAAUGAACACCUCCCCUCUGCGCGAGGCUGCGAACGGUGGCGGGGGAUGUUUUUCAUCCACGUCUCUUAAAUGUGGCCGAGUCCUCGCCCUGGAUGGUUUGAUCAGCUGUUGAUUAUAAUUAAGAUAUAGCCUUGUGUUUAUUCUAUGUUGGUCAAUUCGAUUUCCUCCAGAUGGAUUUAUGAAUAACAGGUGUCGUUCGAGUCCGAGAGCGCAGCGCGAGGAUGAGGCUUUAUUGUGUGUUUUUCUCUCGAUUUAAAAAACAGUGAAACAAAGCGACUGGGAUCCUUUUUCUUUUUUGCCGUGAUAGAAGAACAUAUCAAAAAAAAAGAUGAAGGGAUGAAAGGUGGCGAGCUUGUGGACAAAGGGAAAGAUGAGUCUGUCGUGUAGAGAAGAUCCUAACGGCCUCUCCUUGUGAAGACGGGAGCGCCGCGGGAGACGACGGCUGUAGGAGGAUCAGUGGUGUUUAUAAAAGGGCCCGAACCAGUGCAGGCUCCAGUGGAAGGUGAUACAAUGGCCAACCAGAGCUUUCCAAUCGAUGGCCCAGGCAGUUUGAUGGCUGUGCUGGCUUCGCAGAGUGGAACGGCAAGAGGCGGCAGCAGCGGGGGCAACAGCGGCGGGAGCAGCGGCAGCGGUGGAGGGAUCUCUGCCACCGAUGUGUCCGUCUACUUUAAGCUGGUGUUCUUGGGUUUGAUCAUCUGUGUCAGCCUGGGAGGCAACCUCUUGGUCUCCCUGCUGGUCCUGCGAGACAGGACACUUCACAAGGCCCCCUACUUCUUUCUCCUGGACCUGUGCCUCGCCGACGCCGUUCGCUCCGCCGCCUGCUUCCCCUUCGUGCUGGUUUCCGUCCACAACAGCUCGGCCUGGACUUACAGUGCCCUGAGUUGUAAAGUUGUGGCUUUUAUGGCCGUGCUGUUUUGUUUUCACGCUGCCUUCAUGCUGUUCUGUGUGGCAGUCACCCGUUACCUUGCCAUCGCCCACCACCGAUUCUACGCCAAGCGCAUGACCAUCUGGACCUGCGCCGCCAUCAUUUGCAUGGUGUGGACUCUGGCCGUCGCCAUGGCGUUCCCACCCGUCUUCGACGUGGGGACGUACAAGUUCAUCCGCGACGAGGAUCAGUGCAUCUUUGAACACCGCUACUUGAAGACAAACGACACCCUGGGCUUCAUGCUCAUGCUGGCCGUGGUGGUCCUGGCCACCCACGGUUUCUACGCCAAGCUGCUGCUGUUUGAGUACCGGCACCGCAAGAUGAAACCUGUCCAGCUGGUGCCAGCUAUCAGCCAGAACUGGACCUUCCACGGUCCUGGGGCCACAGGUCAAGCUGCGGCGAACUGGAUCGCGGGGUUCGGUCGCGGUCCCAUGCCACCCACUCUGUUGGGCAUCAGGCAAAAUUUACAUCAUCAACAUCGACGGCUGCUCGGGAUGGAAGAGGUGAGGUCAGAGAGGAGGCUGGGCAGGAUGUUCUACACCAUCACCCUGCUCUUCCUGGUCCUCUGGGCUCCUUACAUCGUGGCGUGCUUCUGGAGGGUCUUCGUCAAGUCCUGCACCAUCCCUCACAGGUACCUCUUCAUCACAGUGUGGAUGAGCUUCGUCCAAGCCGGAGUCAACCCCAUCUUCUGCCUCCUGCUCAACGAGGACCUGAGGAAAGUGCUGAGAGCUCACCUUCCCACCUACUGGAGGACUAAACAACACCUUCCCCAGGACGAGGCCUACUGCAUCAUGUGAUGAGAUCGGAGCUUCAUAAUUAGGAGAAUGUUUCAGGUUUUAAAGGGAGAACUUGGAGAGUAGGAGCGAUCGAAUGCACCUUGGUUAAAUGUCUGUUUUGUUGUUUUGCACAACAAAAUCCAAUGUUUUGCCGACAAGUGCAGGCACAGUGCCAUUUUAUUAAGAAUGUUGAUAUUUGAAUAAAUGGGUCCGCUGCAGAGGUUUGAACCCAGAAAAGUCCGGGUGACACGUUGAUGGUUUGUAUUCCUGAUGAUGUACUGUAUGAUUACUGAGUAGGAAAGAUCACAACUAUCACCGCUCCAACGAAAGUGUGACAGAUGCCAUUUAAAAAUAAUGUUGCCUUAUUUCAAUGGGACACGCCCCAGAGUGUUACUACCUGAGGCACAAAAGGUUGAAAUCCUUGAAGAAAUUUGCUGCGGACUGUGAAUAGAAAGUGUUGCUCAGAGCGUUACUAACUCUGAAACACGUCAAGGAACUCGAGGGGUCUGAAUGGAUUCAUAGACCACCCUGGACGCCUUUUCAUGUAACUCAAAGGAGACUGCAGAAUAUUGAAUGGACCCAAUAACCUUGGAUGCAUUGAAAUAGUUGUUGUGAACCCAAGAAGCCCCUAACAUGCUUGAUUUUUUGGACUUGAUUUAGGGCGUGUCAGGUUUCUUUGUAUCAUUAAAAAAAUGCCUGUUUUCCUUUAUUUGUAAACUAUACAUGUUAAGCAGAUGACACUAUUUUGAAAUAUGACUUGAUUUCAUAAUGUACAGACUGUACAGGAAUGUAUAUUCCUGCUUGUGUGUUUUUAUAUAGCAUUUGUGUGUAUGUGUGUGUGGGUGUGUGGGUGAGACAAGAGGGAAGGAGAAAGAUGAGAGAAAUAAUGAUGAUAGAAUAGGUUCCAGUAUUUAUAUAGUCAAUAUGAAAGCAGGCUCAUCUUGGUGUCUCAAAAUCAUGCAAAAUUGAACAGUAUACAUAUGGAAAUGUAUCCUUUAAAUGGAUUUCCAUAACUGAAAAAUGCAGUCAUAUUUUCUUUCAGUGUACAAGCAAAUGUGAAGUAGGGAGGGAUUAUGAAAAAGGCAACAGAAUAAUUAGAAAACAACAGGCGAGAGAAUUCAAUGUCUUGAAUGAUGAUGGAAAUUACGUCGUUAAAAAAAAAAAAAAAAAAGAAUCAUUAGCUAAUGAUGAUUUUGGGAAUGUUUUUAAAGUAUUGUUAUGCUCUCAACAGAAUACUAAAAAAGAGAAGAAAUUAAGUGGCACUUAAUUGGAAGAAAACUUGAAUGUUUCCGGGCCCUCUUAUAUCCACCCAACCAACGUAACUGUCCCCCUCUGGACCAGUGAGUUCAGAGUCAAAGCGCCUUCAGGCUGGAUGCGACCCCAGAGAUGUGUGGUGUGUGGUAACCGGCUUAGAGGAUAAGAAGUUUUCUCCAAAUUAAGAAGAGAAUACAAAUGUCAGACCUACAGUAUGUUAGGCGUAUAUACUGUAUAUUUGUGCAGUCAAUUUUCUAAAUGUGGACACUUGCACUGCAUACUGUAUUAGCAUGCAUUCCACUGCAUUUCAUAGAGUCAAGACUGGGGGUUACAACUUGUACAGAUGUCGAUAUGGGAGGACGAAGUAAAGCGGGAACUGAGGUUCAUAAUUUUUACGUCUGGCAUUCUUUCGCGAGAUGAUAUUCUGUAACUGUACAGUUUAACUGAGGUGGUUCUUUUGCCUACUCAUCAAUAAAGACUCUACUUUUGAUGCAU